AUGGAUUCUUUUGAAAUUAAUAACGUUAAAGUUGAGAAGGCAAAUGCAAUCCUGAAGCAUCUCCAUCUUCGGAAGCUGGCAAAUUUGUUCAGGAUAAUUGAGAUAUUUGUCCUUGUUAGCACACGCUUUGUUUUGAUAAUCGAAAACGCAAUAGCUGACAUUCUUUUUGUGCAAUCAGGAAAGUUUCUAGCUCAUGAUUCUAGCAGAAAGAAUCCUGGAAAUGAUUACUAUGAAGAGUAUGUGGAGAAGAGCAAAAAGACCGAAAACUCUCAUCGGUAUGAGGUCAUGUACAGGGAAAAACAGAGCAAAUGUCAAGAGAAUAUAGUUAGUGUGGGCACACAUACAUCCUGCAAAACCAAGAUUUUUAGAAGAAGUCAAUCAGAAAAAUUCAAGUCUCUGAAUGGCAAUAAAUCUUGUCGGGAACUGUGGAGAUUGGGUACGAAGAAGUACAAGAAAAGUACUAAUUCUGAGGAGAAAGUGGUGAAAAAUUCAUCCCCUAUAGAUGACAUGAGCAAUGAAGAGUUCAACAGAUGA